AUGAAGGCCCUCCUCUCGCAGAUCACAUUUCACUUUGUGAUGUAACAGGAAGUACAUACUCACUGUCUCCCAUUAAAACUAAGGGAGCCGCGAUGGGUGGUUCCCUGCAGUGACAAUGCAAAAGUCUUCUGAUUCUAAUAUAUGCUUGCAUUAAUAAAUUAGAGACUUGACUUGGCAAGGGGGGAACAAGAUUCUUUUCGAGCAAGCAAUAAGUACAAAAAAGUAUAUGUUCCUUAGGCUUUGUCAUUGUGAAUUAGAUUUAGGGAGUUGUUUCAUAAACACAUUUGUCAUAUGGAGAGCAAUAAAUGUCAAGAACAUCAGGCAGGGACAAAAAGACUGCUCGGUAAAUAUUAUUUUGUAGUUAUAGCCCUAAAAUACCCAUACAAAUAUUUACUGACGACGACUUUCCUUCUAAAUUAAUAGUGGUAUUUCUUGACUAAUGCAAAACUUCAGAUAACUGGUAAACAUUGCAAACGCAGCUAAGUCUGCCAUCUAUUGGUGAAUGGUGGUACUUCAACUUAAAAUUAUUAAUUGGACCGCAACUUUUCGCCAGUAUUGGGCGGUGCUAGUGAAGUUUGGAUGUUUUACUUAGGGGUGGACAUGAGGGGGACAAGGAUAUAUAAAACCUUUUUUUUUUUUUUUUUUACAACCUCCAAACGUUGUUCAGAAAACACUGAUAAUUCAUUCCUAGGUAGACGCGAGAAUAACAAAAAUCCCCCAAAGUAUUACAAGUAGGUCUCCGUAUAAUGCAGCACCAUUGAAAUUUCCUCCCUCCGCACCCCCUCUUGAGAUUAAACGACACCUGACUUAUUCAUGUGACAAAGAGGAAGAAUUAGGAAUGUCAUAAAUGAACUUCAGAGGCUAACCUUUUUAGCUAUGGGUGCAGGGAGGGAAACGGAACAACUGACAUUUGGAGUGGGGAGUGGCCCAAAAGAGCUAAUGAGGUCUUGCUGCGAGGAAAACACACUUUUUCACUUCUUUUUUUUGUGUGCUGUUUUUUUUCCCCACCCGGUGUGAACAGUGUCUAUGUGGUAGGGUGUUGAGUGACGUAGUGUGACGUCAGAAUCCAGCACAUCGACGUCAUCACUUAGGGCCUGACUGAUAAUUUUUUUUUAGGCACAUUCAAACCCCCUGAUCAAUAAAAAAAAAAACGUACAAUGAUUAAAAGAACUUAAAAGUAAACUUACAAAUAAUAACUGUCUUACUACUUCAAGUAAUUGUAAAUGCAAAUAACUACUUAUAUAUGAGCAAUUAAGCGGAAGUAUUUUUCGUGAAAAUAUUUACAGUAGUCUCCUCCUGUACGACAAUUUGUGCCCCCACUCCACCCCAUUCCCAAGGGAGGGGUUGAAGUGUGCGUAAUUUAAAUGGCCGCAUCACGAUGCCGUGCACCAGAUGCGUCUUUUUGUCUGGACCCAAGACGGGAAUGUCUACAGCCCCUAACACCUCCGUAUCCAGCCGAAGCCCGCCGGCUCACCAGUUUGUGCAGCCGGCAUGGCGAGUCGUUCUGUGGGCCCUGGUUUACUGCGCCGUCCUCGGCGUGGCUGUGCUGGGCAACGCGGUGGUCAUCUGGAUCAUCUUGGCGCACAAGCGGAUGAGGACAGUCACCAACUAUUUUCUGCUCAAUUUGGCGGUGUGCGACGCGUCCACGGCCGCCUUCAACUCGCUGGUCAACUUCAUCUACGCGGCCCACGGAGAGUGGUACUUCGGGGCGCGCUAUUGCACCUUCCACAACUUGUUCCCGGUCACGACGGUGUUCGCCAGUAUUUACACCAUGACCGCGAUUGCUAUUGACAGGUACAUGGCCAUCAUCCAUCCCCUAAAGCCUCGUCUAUCAGCCAAAGCCACUCUGGCCGUGAUCGUGACCAUCUGGAGUCUGGCCCUCGUCCUGGCCUUCCCCCUCGGCUAUUUCUCCACAACAAGAGCCUUGCCUCGUAGGACUCUGUGUUACGUGGCCUGGCCCCGCAUGGCCGACGACCCCUUCAUGUACCACAUCAUUCUGACUGUCCUGGUGUAUGUGGUGCCUUUAGUGGUGAUGGCCAUCACUUAUUCCAUCAUUGGUGUGAACCUGUGGGGAGGAGAGAUCCCCGGAGACACAUCGGAUAACUACCAUGGACAGCUCCGGGCAAAAAGGAAGAUUGUGAAGAUGAUGAUGGUCGUGGUGGUGACCUUUGCCUUCUGCUGGCUGCCCUAUCACAUGUACUUCAUAGUGACGGGUCUCAACAGACGUCUGAGCAAGUGGAAGUCUAUCCAGCAGGUCUACCUGGCAGUGCUGUGGCUGGCCAUGAGCUCCACCAUGUACAACCCUAUCAUCUACUGCUGCCUCAAUAGCAAGUUUCGAGCCGGCUUCAAGCGCGUUUUCCGCUGGUGUCCAUUCAUCCGAGUGACCAGCUACGAUGAGCUGGAGCUCCAGAACAGACGGAGCGGCCCGGGUCCCCAGAACAGCAUGUGCACUCUGUCACGCGUCAACACCAGCAUCCUCAGCAAGGACAAGAGUGUGCGCUCGCAUGGUAAUACACGUAGGUCCAAGUGUAAAUUGCAGUCUGAUAAUGACUCGCCGAAUGUUUGAGCCAUGCUAAAAGUCAAUAUAAAAUAUACCUCUUCACAAAAAAACUUUUAGGAUCCAAAAUAGGUGAUUUGGGUAAAACUAGCCCCUUUUUGUGUUUUGAUGACUUCGGCGCUUAAAAGGUACAGUCCGCAUGUCUCAUGAAAAUCGAAAAGUUGAAGUGAUUAAGCCACAAAUUUAUUUGCAUUUUUGUUAUAAUGGCACACUUGUUUAGUAAAGUGUUGCAAAGUUGUUGUAGUGAACGCUUAACAGACUUCAGUUAGUAAGUUAACAACUCUGAGUGAAGUAGAUACUCUAAAUAAAGUGUCUCUCAGAUGAAUGUUUUAUUUGCCUUUAAUUUAACAUGAGCCUACCAUGAAAGUAAAAUUCAAAUAAGUCAAAUAAGUCUGAUAUUUUUUAUUGUACGACCGAUUGAAUCAUUUAUUUGUGCUCGUUAAAAUAAAAUACAUGGGAAGAGGAGAAAAAUCAUUCAUCCCUUCAUAAAAACCAAGAGGCAUUUUAGCAAAUAAUAUUUCUGAUGGUAGCAAUCAAACUUGAACAAUAUUACAAUUGCAAAAGUCAGUUGAUGUUGCUGAAAUCCUUUAAAAACAAUAUUAGCGAUCAAAAACAAUAUUAGCACUCUUGUCAGUUGCAUUUACAUAUAUACGUCUUAAGAGCAAGCAUACAUUUUAGAUUAAGAAAAUAAGGGAAUCACAAACAUACUAGUGCUAUUCAUUCUCAAAUGUAAACAGCGAUUCAACUAUAUCAACGAUUGCGGCAGGAUUUGCCAAACCUCAAUAAAUGCGCAGCCGCUGCUUUCGACGCUAAUGGUUGAGUGUCUCAAAUAGGACGAAGGACACAAGUGCCAUCAUCGGCCACUGGGAGGCGCUCUCUUCCGGGGCCCUGUAGGUACAAAAGAUUAACUAUCAUUUAUUCAUGGUUCCAUUGGUCACUCCAGAUAGAAAGCAACAUUAAAAACAUAAUUAAUUUACCAAACUUUAAUCAGUAGCUAAAAAGUAGCUCUUGCUUUCAAAAACAUGGAUGACCUCUGACCUCUGAUACCAUGUAGGAUUUUUCCCAGCCUUACCGUGAUUUGUAACAGUCAUCAGUAGCCUUCAGUUUGGAGUGUUUCAGGAUGACCUCGGUGUAGUCGCCAUCGUCUGACAACUUGAUGUCCUCCACCAUGAACUCCUCGGUGGGGGACAAAAUGGCGACGUCCUCGGUGAUGCCGCAGAAGCCCUCCAGGCUGAUAUAGAAGCACGUGGUGAUGUUGAAAUAGAUUCCGCCCUCCACGUCCUCCUUCAUCGACACGUCUGACUGGACCGUAGUGAAUCGUCCGAAUCUCACUCGGACACCCUUUUCCACUUUGUAUUCCAUUUCGGACACUCUGUAUACAUUCUUACACGUCUUCUGCCUCACCAGGCUCAUAGCAUCCGUGAGCAGGAAGUGUAGGGACUUAUAAUGAAAGCGCUCCUCAUAAGUGCUGGCGUUGACCCCCAUGGUCUCCACCGCGUCGUUGAAGGCUUUCUUGAACGCAUUCUUGCCGUUUAUGAAGGCUAAGAGAGCGGAGGUGUGUUCCUUCGUGCCUCCUGGGAGCAGCGUGGGACACUUGUCGCUCCAGGCUGCGUAGAAGUCAAUAUUCUGACUCAGCUCUUGGUGUAGCACAUCAGAGCGGAUCAAUUUCUCCAUGGUGUCGUCGCGACAGCCCUCGUACAAUAGGUCCACAGCGUUGGGGGCCAUGUCCAGUUGUUUCACUGCACUCACCUGGCAAGGAAAGGAAAAACAAGCAUUGUUUUGUUCAACUAGUGAUCCACUUCACUUUUCUGAGUAUGUUGUGCAAUUUAUUUGAAUGAAAGUGAAUGUAGCUUACCGUGUAUAACACCACGUAGACCACCAGGAAUGUUUUCUUCAUAGCUCUCAUCUUCUCUUAUUUUCAGUAUCUGCACCAAAGAAGUAUUUUUGGAAAGUGUGAUUGUCCGCUCAAUUUGGCUUUUAGUUCAAAUUCUUUCAAAGUGAGCUCAGGCAACUCUUAUCUCUUGAGCAUCACCCACCAUUGAUCACCUCAGCUCGUAUAGACUUACCGCAGAGAUGGGUAGAGAUGUGCAACCUCAGUGAGAGUGCAAAAUCACAAUUUUAAGUCCAUGUAAGUAGUGUAAGAGGGCUGGGAGGGGGCACUCAGUGUAAAAACUGUGUAGGGAGUGAAAAAAAUAUUAUCACCCGAGGCAACUCCUUUUUCCUUUCCUGUGGAAGGAAAUAACAUGCCAUUUAGAGCACUUUUGUCUCUUGCUGCUGCUACUGGCUUAUGUGAACAAUGUCAACCUGCACUGUAGUUGAAAAUAAUAUGUUCCACAUUUCUGUCACUUUCCCAGGUAUAUCUUACACUUAAUUUCUUUUCAUUUUAGUUUUAGCGCUGAAUGAUUACACUGGCCUGUUUCCCCUCUUCCAGCAGCAACAUUGCACCAACUGACCAUAAAUAGUUAGAAGUCAACGUGAAAAAAAAUACAUUUAAAUAGUUGAUUUUGCACUCACCUGAUGAGAUUGUAACGUCAACGGGGCGAUGCGUUCUCUUGGGAGCUUUCUUCUCUUGACCUCCGAUAAACUUCCUCCCUUUGCGGCUACUGCAGCACAGCACAGGCCUGCUGAGCUUCACAUUUUGUGCACUUUGACGGCCAACCUUUCAUUGUGUGUGGGAGGAGCGGGGUCACAGCUAGACUGACAUCCCAUCUCCACAUGCAAGCACCCUAUAUCUUGAUUUUGUAACACUUAUAGUAGUUUUUAAAUAACGUGUAUGCAUAUGUAUAUACGCCUAAAUAUUCUUAUCCAAUGUAUCUACUGCAAUUUCACAUUAGAUUGCUGGUUUGAAAUUUACUUUUAUUAUUAUUGUUGUUUUAAUAACAUUAAAACCUGUUAAAACUUGUCUGGUGUUUUAUUCCUUGUUUUUAUUUUUCUGGGCACGAAAUCAAAUAUCUGACAUUUAGUUAACUGCUUUAUAUGACUAUGUAUAUGUGUUUUAAGUUGUGUAAUAUGUGUUGGUGUCCCCCAAAAUAAAGAGCAAGUAGUCAAAUACACAUUCUUGACACGUUCAAGAAAUGCAUAGAGUUAUUAAGUCAGUGCUUCUCAAUUAUUUUCUGUUACGCCCCCCCCUAGCAAGAAGAAAACUAUUCGCGCCCCCCCUCCCCACCGUGACUAUCCUAACUUGUCUUGUAAAUCGUAAAAUGUUGCACUGUCGCAAACGUGACAGAAGUAACAAUGAGAGCGCCACUGCCCCCUGCUGUAGUAAACGCGCAAUUACACUUUAUUCUAGUACUGCCAAAAAAAAGCCUGUUCCCCAGGGUCACACGCGCCCCCCCAGGAAUAGCACGGGCGCGCCCCACUAUUUGAGAAGCACUGGCCUAGGUGACUGAUUCACAAUUUGGUUUUGUCUGAUAUCAGAGAUUAAAUAAAGAAAACCAACUGGCUGA